AUGCACCCCCUUCCUGAACCAGCUUCUCUCCCCUCCCUCCUCCUCAGUUCAGGAGGGUGGAGACCAGAGUGAGGAAGGACCCGGGCCGAGGGAAUGAGCCGGGCAGGUGGAAUGAGACCUCCGUGGAACCAGGAGAGAUCUCCAGAAGAAAGGCUGCCCACUGCCACUGAACCUGGCGGACAGUGGUCCGUGGUCAGGCGGGUGCUAACGGCUGGCCUGCUUUUCAGUGUGCUCCUUGGUUUCUCUGUGCUUUUGGUCUACAUCUUCCGGAGCUGUGGCCCUAGCCCCUGUAAGACUCCUGUGUGUUGGGAUCUCCUGGCUCGUUACCUGGCCUCUGGAAACACCAGUGUGGCCCCCUGCACCGAUUUCUUCAGUUUUGCCUGCGGACAGGCCAAAGGGACCGAUUAUUCCUUCCAGGCUCUUGCCGAGGAGAACAAAAGCCGGCUUCGGAGAAUACUGGAAGCCCCAGGUUCCUGGCACCUGGGCUCUGGGGAGGAGAAAGCCUUCCAGUUCUACAGCUCCUGCAUGGACACAGAUGCCAUCGAGGCUGCUGGGGCUGCCCCCCUCAGACAAGUCAUUGAGGAGCUUGGAGGCUGGCAAAUCUCCGGUAAUUGGACUUCCUUAGACUUUAACCGAACUCUGAGACUUCUGAUGAGUCAGUAUGGUUAUUUUCCAUUCUUCAGAGCCUAUCUGCGACCUCGUCCAACCCCUCCAUACACGCCAGUCAUCCAGAUAGACCAGCCAGAGUUUGAUGUUCCCCUCAAGCAAGAGCAGGAACAGAAGAUCUACGCUCAGAUUGUGCGGGAAUACGUGACUUAUCUGAACCAGCUGGGAACCUUGCUGGGAGGAGAACCAAACAAGGUGCAAGAACAUGCCUUCCUGUCCAUCUCCAUUACCUCGCAGCUGUUUCAGUUUCUGAGGCCCCUGGAGCAGCGGCGGGCACAGGGAAAGCUCUUCCAGAUGGUCACUAUUGACCAGCUGCAGGAAAUGGCCCCUGCCAUCGACUGGUUGUCCUGCUUGCAAGCGACAUUCACGCCAAUGCCCUUGAGCCCCUCCCAGCUCCUCUUGGUCCAUGACCUGGAAUAUUUGAAAAACAUGUCUCAACUGGUGGAAGAGCAGCUGUCGAAACACAGAGACUUUCUGCAGAGCCACAUGAUCUUGGGGCUGGUGAGGACCCUUUCUCCAGCCCUGGACAGUAAAUUCCAGGAGGCACGCAGAUCGUUGAUCCAGAAACUGGGGGAGCUGACCGAAAGACCACCCAUGCCUUCUCGCCCUCGAUGGAUGAAGUGUGUGGAGGAGACAGGAACCUUCUUCGAGCCUACCCUGGCAGCCUUGUUUGUCCGUGAGGCCUUCAGCCCGAGCACCCAAAGUGCUGCCAUGGAACUAUUCACUGCAAUCAAGAAUGCCCUCAUCAGCCGCCUCAGAAGGAUUCCCUGGAUGGAUGAGAAGACCCGGAAGGAGGCCCAGAACAGGGUCACCCAACUGCAGGUGAAGAUGGGGGCCCCAGAAUGGGCCCUGGAGCCAUCACUGGCCAGACAGGAAUACAACGAUAUACAGCUUGGACCCAGCUACCUACAGUCCUUCCUGAGCUGUGUCCGAUCCCUCCGAGCUAGAAUUGUCCAGAGCUUCUUGCAGUCUUUCCCCUACCACAGGUGGCAGGUGUCCCCCUGGGGGGUCAAUGCUUAUUAUUCAAUACCUGACCAUGUGGUGGUCUUCCCAGCUGGACUCCUCCAACCACCAUUCUUCCACCCUGGCUACCCCAGAGCCGUGAACUUUGGCGCUGCUGGCAGCAUUAUGGCCCAUGAGCUGUUGCACAUCUUCUACCAGCUCUUGCUCCCUGGGGGCUGCCCAGCCUGUGACACCCGUGCCCUACAGGGGGCGCUGCUGUGCCUGACACAGCACUAUGAGACCAUUCCGUUACCCAGUGGAACCUCCUUCAAUGGCUCUCGGACAUUCCUGGAGAAUGCUGCAGACAUUGGGGGGCUGGCCAUUGCACUACAGGCAUACAGCAAGAGGCUGUUAUGGAACCAUGGGGAGACCAUCCUGCCGAACCUGGGCCUCAGUCCUCAGCAACUCUUCUUCCGAAGCUAUGCCCAGGUGAUGUGUAGGGAGCCUGGCACCCAGGAGCCCCAGGAUCCUCACAGCCCGCCCACCCUUCGAGUCCACGGGCCCCUCAGCAACACCCCAGCCUUUGCCAGACAUUUCCACUGUCCACAGGGUGCCCUCUUGAAUCCCUCCAGCCGCUGCCAACUCUGGUAACCUGGCUUCCACAGAGACUUCAAUUCAGAUGUCACAACAUCUCCCUGCUCCAACCAUGGGAUCAGGCGAUAAUCUCCUUUCUCCUUCCCUUCCAAA